AUGAAGCUCGACAACUCCAACGGCCAGACGCCCCUCACCGCUGACGUUUCGAUGCUGCAGGAAGCCGAUGCCGACGCCGAAGAGAUAUUCGUGCCGCCGCUCAACUUCGCCAUGGUCGACAACGGCAUUUUCCGGUCUGGCUUUCCCGAUUCUGCUAACUUCGGAUUCCUGAAAUCGCUCCGUCUCCGUUCCGUAAUGUGUUUGUGUCCCGAACCGUAUCCAGAAACGACGUUGGAAUUUUUGAAGGACAACGGAAUAAGGCUUUAUCAGUUCGGGAUCGAUGGCUGUAAGGAACCCUUUGUCAACAUCCCAAAUGAUACAAUUCGCGAAGCUUUGAAAGUAGCCCUCGAUGUUAGGAACCACCCCCUUCUGAUUCAUUGUAAACGAGGAAAGCACCGCACUGGUUGUCUUGUCGGAUGCAUAAGAAGAUUGCAGAGGUGGUGUCUAUCAUCUGUUUUUGAUGAGUACCAAAGGUUUGCAGGUGCCAAAGCCAGGGUGUCAGACCAGAGGUUCAUCGAAUUAUUUGAUAUAUCCUGUUUGAAGCACUACCCACUGCCAUUUUCAUGCUCAAGGAAAUAG